AUGACUACCUCGAUACAAGCACGUGGCCAUGCUGGUCACUCUCAUCACCAUCACGACAAUACUUACCUUACUUCGACAAACAAGAAUGACGCAGGUGUCAGAAUUACCAGAAUAGGGCUGUUCGUUAAUCUGGCUAUGGCUGUGGGCAAAGGAGUAGGAGGUUGGGUAUUCAAUUCACAAGCCCUUGUGGCAGACGCUUUCCAUUCCCUAACAGAUUUGGUCUCUGAUUUUAUGACUUUGGCUACGAUAUCUUGGUCUCUGAAGCCUCCGACCGAGCGGUUUCCCUAUGGCUAUGGAAAAGUUGAGAGCUUGGGUGCCCUCGGUGUCAGUGGCAUUCUCCUUUUUGGCGGAAUUGGUAUGGCUAUGAACAGCUUGGACGUCUUGUAUCUACAGUUCUUCAUAGAUCAUACCCACUCUGCUGCCGGACACGAUGAACAUGUCCAUGGCCUGUUUGGUUUCGGCCAUAGCCACAGUCACAGCACUGAUCUACCCAACCUCAAUGCUGCAUGGCUUGCUGCUGGCUCGAUUGUCGUCAAAGAAUGGCUGUACAGAGCAACUAUGAAGAUCGCUCGAGAGCGAAAGUCAUCCGUCCUAGCCUCCAACGCCGUUCACCACCGCAUAGAUUCGCUCACUAGCAUUGUCGCCCUUUUGACGAUAGGUGGUGCUCACGUUAUCGCGGAUGCUUCAUGGCUAGACCCAGUGGGUGGUCUUAUCAUCUCUGGUAUGGUCAUAAGAGCUGGAUGGCAGAAUACAGUCACCUCCCUACUCGAACUGGGUGACGUAACCGUGGACAAAGACAUCAAGCAGGCUGUAAACAGAUCCACCCAGAAAGCUUUGACAGGCAACGAUGCAGAGGGCUUACACGGUGUCGCUAAGGGUGACCAAGUCGAGAUCAAGGACAUUCAAGGCAUCAAAUCAGGUCAGAACUACUUGAUUGACAUUGAUCUUGCUGUGCCGUCCAGCUUUACCAUAGCGGAUACCAUGCCCAUAGAGCAAGCUGUGAGAGAAAGAGCUGGAGCCAAGGUCAGAGGUGUUCGAAAAGUCAGAGUCAAAUUCACCACCAUUGAGGGAGGUCAAGAUUUCACAAGCGAGUUCAUUCCAGGAGAUGUGAGUCCGAGAAGCAGCCCGGAACCGGAAGAUGAGCAUGAGCACCGACAUGCGCACGAUCACGACCACCAUGCUCAUACUAAUGGGCAUCAACAUUCUCAAGCUGCGAAGAAGAAUAUCUGA